CUAAUCGAACGACCACGACGACGUGCAUGUCAACUUCGUGAGUGUUGACUUAUGGACGAGGGCACUAUAUUUCUUCCGUCCAACCAAGAUUCCAUAUCAUCCAUAGAACAACACCUCAAAUCCCACCGCAAGCCCGACACCUCGCACCAGGAAUCCGAUUUGCUCAGGUCCAUCCGCGCUGUUCUACACAGCUCGACACCCGACCCCAGUGAUCCUGUUCGUUCGACUGCGUUUCUCUUCGGCGGAAACUCUGGAGUAGAAGAUGAGAUUACCUGGGACGAUCGAGUAGUGGUCCUUAGCUCAGGGGGCGUGGUCCGGAAGAAAUGGAGCUUUGGUCUCGAAGGGCAACCCGUAUUAUGGGCAUGCAUGGGAUGGAUGGAGAUUGGUGGUACAAGGUCGACCCGAGGCUCAUCGAAACUGACGCCCCCGAAAUUAUCUUCCGAACGUCCCACAUUUGGCCCAUUCUUUUACGCCGAACAGAACCGUAUAACCAAGCGUGAUGAACGCGACUCUCGUGUCAUGGCUGUGUUCGUUUUCUUGCGCACCAUCGGAAAGGUCUACACUCACACCGGGAAUGAAUACACCUUCAGUAUACCUUUCACAGUUCACCGAGCAUGGCCUAUCUCCCCCCAUGGACUUCUUCUUCAACGAGUAUUGGAACCCUCUGAAAAGAUGGAAGCCGAAAUCACGGGCGACGCGAUUCUGCCUACUAUCUUCUCCCUCAUCAACCCACUGGCCGAACCCUUACCAGUGGGAUUGACUUCCGGUAUUAUUGGUGGUUUUGAGGCCACUUCACCUGCUGCUCUCAAAGACGAGGAGGAGAACUCGAACAAACCUCUCAAGUCACUAUCGCCCAGCGAGCAUAUCCUUUGGGUUUCACGUCAGGGCCAUCUAUCUCCAAACGAGAUCGUAGUCACAGUUGAUAUUGAAAAGGGUCUGCUCACCGUUUGGAGAUACGUUUACAUCCAGCCCAAAGACACCCCUCGUCCUAUAGGUCGCAGCCGAACACGAUCUUUGGUGAAUAAACACCGCGCUUCCAUGUCGGGUGUCGGUGCUCGAGCCACGACGAAUGUUCCCAAUUUCACCGAGCAAUUCGCAGGAAAUCUCUUCGACCUCCCAGAGUUCGAUCUACCACCUCUUUCGGCGCUACCUGGCAUGUCUCCUGCUCUAUCCACGACAACAACCAUGGCUUCCAUUGCUUCAGGAUCAGUCAACUCUGGACUUGAAUUCAUGCCACCGCCACCGCCACCACACCCACGAAAUGAUCCACCACGAAAGAGACGGAAUUCUUUGACUAGAAACGAACUCUCCGUGACGAUGGAUCGCAUGGCUCUCGUCAAUAGAGGUAUUGACGACGUCUUGACCGCUCCCAAUAACCUGCGAAUGAGAACAGCAAUAUGGGCAGAACAACUAUAUGUCACGGAGCUGGAGCCAUCCGACAUGCAAUCCUACAUGUCGAUAUCGGUAUCAAUCUUCGACCAUCGCUGGGACGGCGAGCGUGAGCGCUCGUUGCUAGCCAUCUGCUUCCCAUCUACUCAAAUACUCAAGAUUUUUACCCUUCAUCACGGCGAGGACAAAAGAAUCCAACUUAUGUCACUGACUCAACUCCCUGCCAUCUCGUGUACUGCACUCCGAGCUACCCGUACACAAAGCUCAGACCUCCUUGUACUGAAACCCGACGGAAGAACGUCCAUCAUGACUCAAGGUACCUACGAGAUUCCGAUAUCAUUUGUCCCCCAUCCAACUUGCCUUUCCCCGGAGGACAUGAACGUCGAAAGCACCCCAGCCCAGCAUGACCAUGGCCGUAUUGCUUCGGUUUUUAACCGCUUUAACUCUUCCAUUGCCACAAUACUCACAUUCGAUGAUGGAUUCUCGACCCGCACAGUCGUUGAUAUGAUUCCUCGAGAUCUGCUAACUGUGGAGGUUCUGCAACAGCUAGCCUUGUGCAUGCCAGCCGAUCUAGUCUUUGAGAUUCAUCAUUCAUUUCUGCGAGCUUGGUCAAAGCAUUCGUUUACAACUUCCGAGGGGAUAGAGUUUGAAAGCCUGGCGUCAGCCUUCUUUGCCGCAUUUGACCUCGAGAGUGGGAUCACCUUCCCACAGCGGGAACCGAUGGAUUCUACUGUCGACCCUUGGAGAUUUCUAGGCUCCUCUUUAUCACACCGUCGCUUCAAGGAAGAUCCUGUCAUACAAAGUCUGAGUCAACCCCCGAACCCAUCACCAUAUUGGCCGAACAAACAUGAUCUCUCUGUGAUUAAAGGAAAUGACAGAUACCGCUACCUCGUCGCUGGGCUCUAUGUCCUUCACACACUUCUUGAGCAAUACCGAAUGCUUGUGAAUCGCUAUUCCGAUCUGAUUCGCCUCGCUACAGUGGUCUGCCGUAUCGCGCUCUAUGUUAGGCCCGAAUGGGCUGACUAUUGGCGGAGAUUAUGUCCAGAGGCCAUGGAUUCUUUGCCCUGGCCGUUGGUCUCAACUGCGCCCGUUGAUAGCCUGGAUGAUGCCAUCCCUUGCUGGCCGCCCGACGUAUCAGCCAUCCUUUUUGGCAGGAUAAACACCCCUGAAUGGCCAAUGCAAUGGACCGAUGCCUCUAAACAGGCUGAAAGGCUUCGUAUAAGCCCAUCUUGGGCAUAUGGCCGCGUCAAUCCACUCGACAUUCUCCAGCGGAUUCACGCUGUAUACGAGAUUCUGGGGGAUCCCAAUAAGAAACUUUUGAAACGCGCAGAGCUGGCUGUUCGUCGAAUGGUGGACACUGGGAUGGAUGAAAACUUUAUUAGUAAACUUUCCAUUGGGAUAGCUGCUCCGUUGAGGGAAGCGAUUCGUUCUAUGCAGUUGGUGCCACCGUCGGACUGGCCAAAGGAGGCAUACAAGGCGAUUGACAGAGAGGACGUCGCUGCUUCGGCGAGUUCGAUUCCUGAUAUGAUGUUUAAGGAUGGUUACUUAUCUGUCAAGCAUUACAUUACGCGGCGGUCUCGUCAAACCAUCAACGAAUUGUGUUCUGCGGCAAAGGUCGCCAGCAGCGGUGAAUCGGAAUAUGUAACUACAGGGGUAGAAUUGGACCUCGAAGAAUUCACGAGCAUCCGUUUUGGGCAGGACCGGAGGUUAGAAGAAGUGGCCAGAAUUCUCUGCUCCUCCAAAAUUCCAUCACUCAAGUCGAUCGAGCGACCAGAUCAGACAGAACACGAUCAAGCCAAAGAGCAGCAACACCAAGUGGUCCGUGUUGCCGAAAGGACACUCGCGUUACCUUACGGACGAGCGAUGUUCACUUUUGGCACCAUUCAUAACAUAUCCCGCGAAGCGUUUGUCAUACCCAAACUCGAGUACACGAUUCGCCUGCAGCCCCAUAAUAUAACCGUCGUACCCGAACCUGGCAAAAUUGCACCUGAUUCGUAUAGUUGGGGAGAAUUUCACAAUGGUGUAGCAGCGGCUCUGCGCAUCUCUUCAUCGUGCACUAGCAUCGACAGUUCUUGGAUAGCGUUCAACAAACCCAGCGAACUUACUCCGGAACACGCUGGCUUCCUGUUUGGUCUAGGUCUGACCGGUCAUCUACGGGAAAUGAUGACUUGGCAUACAUUCUCCUACUUGACUCCAAAGCAUGACUUGACCUCCAUCGGUGUUCUGCUUGGACUUUCGGCAGCUAACAUGGGCAAUGAGAACCAGCAUGUCACCAAGUUGCUGGCAGUACACACUCCUGCACUCCUUCCUACCCCCAAUAUUGACCUCAAUGUGUCUCUACUUGCGCAAGCGGCUGGACUAGCAGGCGUGGGUUUAUUGUACAUGGGCACGAAAAAUCGGCGGAUGGCCGACGUCUGUCUGAAUCAAAUCAGCCGUAAAGACCUUGUACAACCUGACCUGAGCAACGAGUACCGAGAAGCCUACACGUACUCUGCAGCGCUCGCGUUUGGGAUGAUUAUGUUGGGAAAAGGAAGUACGAUUCCUGCGGAUGCCAUCCUCCUCCAUCGACUAAACACCUACAUACAAGGUGAUUUUGACACGAUCCCGACGGAUAAGAGAGUCAAGUUCGAUGUCAACUUGACAUCACCGGCCGCUAGUAUUGCCCUUGGAUUAAUGUACCUCAAAACCGAGCGCCAGGACAUUGCAGACAUGCUUGCUACCCCAGAUACCGUACUUGCCUUGAACCGGAUUCAACCUAGCUUCUUGUUACUUCGAACACUAGCGCGGGCACUGAUCAUGUGGAACAAGAUAGCUCCAACGCAAGAAUGGAUCUCGACUCAGGUGCCUGGGCGGAUACGAGCUGGAAUAGAGAACAGAGGGAAAUUCGCGAAUACAAUCUCUGAUGUCUGGGAGUUGGCGUAUUACAAUGUCAUCUCUGGAUGUUGUUUUGCGAUUGGCCUAAAGUACGCAGGUACGGCGCGUCAAGAAGCGUACAAGAUCUUAAUAAGAUAUUAUGAUCUUUUCACUCGAAUGAUCUUUUCCAACAGCCCCGCCUUCGAGUGGAGAAUCAAACGUUCGGCAGUUCGAGAUGGUUUGAAUUUGAUUUCAAUCUCUUUGAGCAUGGUCAUGGCUGGGACCGGUGAAAUAACAUGCUUGAGGAGGUUGCGGUAUGCCUAUGGAAUGUACACGUCAACAAUGUAUCAUCCGGCGUUCAAGUAUGGAAUCCACGUAGCCACACAUCAGUCGUUAGGCCUCCUAUUUUUGGGCGGUGGUCGUUUUACGCUCGGUACUUCGAACGCUGCUAUCGCAUGCAUGAUUGCUGCUUUCUUCCCUCGCUCUCAUAGCAUGUCCUCUGACAACAAAAGUUAUCUUCAGGCCCUACGCCACCUUUGGGUUCUCGCUGUUGAGCCCCGGUGUCUGCUUGCUCGAGACAUAGAGACUAAGGAGAUCGUAUAUCUCCCGCUCAAAAUUGCUGUGCGAGAGGGGAAAGACAUUGGUACCACGCAGUUGAUUUCUCCUACUCUCAUUCCAGACCUCGAGAAGCUUGUGGCAAUACGAGUCGAUACACCACGAUACUGGCCUUUCCAUCUGUAUGUCGAGGGCAUCUCGCGGCAUAGAGAGUGCCUUCUUCGAAGUCAAACACUCUUUGUCAAGCGACGAACGGCAUUCUUGAGCUAUACAGAAGAUCCUCGAGGUAGUCGAAGCCUAUUUGUCCGUUCGAGGUCAUCUGCAGGGGAUGCAGCAACCCUUGACCAUCCACAGUUAACGGACACUCAAACUCACCCUGCUGGAGAUCUAUGGGAAUUCAUUACUUCUUGCUCCAACAAUCCUCUCUUCAUGGCCUUUGCCGAUCAUUUCUGUUGCGGAGAUGAUCUUCAAGAAAGGGAGCGUUUGUUUUUCACCUACUGUCACGCCGCCUUGUUCGACAGUAUACUCCAAGGAAAACCACAGACCCUUCAGAUGCAUUUGACGCUGUUCCGAUACAGACAUAUGUCUAUCGAUUCACGAUAUUUCCCUCUGAACUUGAUGGAUUUACGGUUUAUAUCCGAAUUCUAUAGUCGGGCGUUUGAUCGCAGAUUUGGGGGACGGGUCGAUAAUAAUCCACGUACACCAUUACUUCGUGAUAGUACUGUCUCCGGUGCGCUCUACUUCCUCGAUCAGCAGUUGGAUUCCAUUCGAACAGAUCCUCAUUUCCUUCGACUUCUCCGUGAUUAUUCUCUUGGGACCCUGGGAAGCAUCGAUGAAUUGACCACUCGUAAAUUGGCGUGGUACCUUCAAAGAAACUCUGUUCCGUCGUCGACCCUGUUGACGAUUCUGAAAGGGCUCGGUCAGGAUGCUCACAAUCAGUGUCUAGGGGUGGGCUCUCCCGAUGGUACUGACAAUGUUGCAGCUUUGGAUAUGGGUAUCAAAGAAGUGUUACAUUACACCGGGACGAAAAUGACGCUUUCUUUAGGUAUUGGGUGGUCUGCAAGGUCGAUCAAUGAGAUUGUAGAGACAUGGAAGGUCUCAUCCUAA